AUGCAGACCAAAGAUCAUCAAUUUAGCAGCAUGUUGGGCAGGCGGAGCUCUUCGUUUGGCUUCCAGAUAAUUUCGGUGGCCAUCGUUCUGGUGGUGUUCGUGUACGGCUUCUUCAUGUAUCAGAAACUUUCUUCUCAACUAUUGAAGUCCGAGAAGCAUAUUGCCGAUUUGACGUCUGCAAAAGAGGAUUUGUCACACGAUGCCCAAGAGAAAAAUUCGAUCAUAUCUGAUCUCAGAGAGAAAGCUUCUAUUGAUCAAAAUAGGCAGCUAGCUGAAAUUACUGAAUUAAACAACGAUAAGAAUCAUUUGCAGGACACGUUGGAGAAGGAGCGCUUACAAGCGAAGGAAAACAUGGACGAGGCCGACAAAAGGAUGGAGCGUAUGAGGGAGGAAAUGUCUCAACUCCAAAGCAGAUUGAAGCAGGAGAAUGAGAAUGAGGUCGCCCAGCUGAAAGAUGAAGUAGCGAAUUGCAGAAGAAAGUUGGAUAAGAUGGCAAAAGUUCAGGAGCAACUUGACUCACUGAUGAAAAAGAACAGCAGUAGUGUGAAUGAAUCAAAACCAGCUGUGAAGGAGCCAGAGCCACCAAACAUGCAGAUUGAACAACCUGGUGAGCGUUUGAAGGGCUACAACAACAGGAGUGUAAACGAUAUUUCUCUAGACAACAACAUCAACAACAUCAACAAUAGAGAUGACGUUAUCAACAAGGAUGACGUCAACAACAGAGAUGACGUCAACAAAAUUGGUAACGCCGAUGAUAAGAGAUCCAAUAGAGAACAAGUCAUUCCUCCUGUAAUUAAGGACAAGAAGUCUUUUGAUAAUAUGAAAAAUCAUUUUAACAGACAAAGAGACAACGACGAAGACAACAACAACAACAAUUACGACACUAACCAACGACAACAACAACAACUGCAAAAAGAACGGCAAGACGAGCUUAGUAGGAUAAAAUUCAAGAGGAGCAUACAGAAGGGCCAUGCAGCGGCCGAUGGUGGAGCCAUUCAGGGCAGCCUGGGAGGGCCGAGUCAGGUUGAGGCACCAAGAGGGGGUCACCAUGUCGAGGGCAAACAGGCAGCGGAAGACACCGGCACUCUCAACAACAACAACAUCAUCAUCAACAACAACAACAACAACGUUAACAGCAACAACAACAACAACGACAACGAUGACGAAGCAUUUAAAAAACCGCAAGAAAAAUUGAACGGCAUAGAGGGCCAAGAUGGGCAGAAAAAUAACAAAGAAAUUGGUCAAAAGGGCCCCGAGGGUAGAAACAUGGCUCCAAACGGCGAACAAAAUGACGCCGCGGUCCAUAGAGGCGAUGACGUCAUCGCAGAGAAGGACGUAAAAAAUGGCGAUGGUGAGGCUGCUAGGAAUGAUGCUGAGAAGGUGAAGAGGCUUGAUGAUCAUCAUCACUUGGAUGAUGAUGAUGAUGAUGGUGGUGGUGAAGUUGCGGGUGACGGAGCUGUUGGUGGUCAUGGUGGUGGUGGUUGGGAUAAUAAUGGUGAGGAUAGACUGAGGGAAGGAGGAAGAAUUGAUGAAAGAGUCAAAGUUGACAGGAGGAAUCAGGCUCUGUGA